CUGACCAAACCUUCUCACAGUGACAAGCUUGUGGCCAUUUUCAAUUGCGCGGGCCGCACUCUGGUUUCCCUUUCCCUGCUGCAAGCAGCCGAGUCAUCAUACAUCAACUCGACCCUGCAUCUCCAGAGCUCUCCCCACGCGGAAAGCUUCCGCCGCACUAAGGUUCUCUACCUACAGCUACCAACCGACCUUCCAUUUCACCAACCCGCUAGCUGGCUGCUCUUCCGCCAUCCCUGUACUUUCCGCUGUCCACGGCUGCUAUAAAGCCAAGCUUAGACGCUCUAGACCUUUGGCCUGUGGUUCUCAUUGAAGUUCUCUCCGACGCGCAACCAUGACGGAAUCCGGGAGAAAAGUGAAGGUUGCGUACAUGUACGAUCCCGACAUAGGCUGCUACGACUAUGAGCCGGGCCAUUGCAUGAAGCCCUUCCGUAUUAGGAUGACCCAUGACCUUGUCAUGUCUUACGGUUUAUAUCGCAAGAUGGAAGUUUAUCGCGCAAAGCCGGCCACCGCUCUCGAGAUGACACAAUUCCACACAGAUGAAUAUAUCGAGUUCCUUCAGCGCAUCACACCCGACACCAUUGGCUUCUGCCAGCAAGAAGCGCUCAAGUACGACAUCAGCGGAGAUUGCCCAGUCUUUGAUGGCCUCUUCGAGUUUUGCACAAUCAGUGCUGGCGGAUCGAUGGAGGGAGCUGCGCGCCUUAACCGCGGAAGGUGUGAUAUAGCGGUCAACUGGGCAGGUGGUCUGCAUCACGCGAAAAAGGGACAAGCAGGCGGAUUCUGUUACGUGAAUGACAUUGUUCUUGCGAUCCUCGAACUUCUCCGGGUAUACCAGCGCGUUCUCUACAUCGACAUUGAUAUCCAUCAUGGAGAUGGCGUUGAGGAGGCAUUUUACACUACGGACCGCGUCAUGACCUGUUCCUUCCAUAAAUUUGGUGAGUUCUAUCCCGGAACAGGUCACCUUUCAGACAUUGGAAUUGGAAAGGGCAAGAAAUACGCGGUCAAUGUGCCACUGAGGGACGGAAUCAAUGAUGAGGCCUAUAGGAGCAUCUUCGAAGCCGUCAUCACAGACAUUAUGGCUUGCUUCAGGCCUGAAGCUGUCGUCCUCCAGUGUGGUGCGGACAGUCUUUCCGGCGACCGUCUGGGCAGCUUCAACCUGAGCAUGGAAGGCCACGCCAACUGCAUCAAGUUUGUUAAAAAAUUCGGCCUCCCUAUGAUGGUACUGGGAGGAGGCGGGUACAGCAUUCGCAAUGUGGCUCGCACUUGGGCAUUCGAGACCUCACAAGCGGUCGGAGAGCCCGUUAGCAAGAUUUUACCUUUCAGCGACUACUAUGAGUACUAUACCCCUGAGUAUUUACUGGAUGUGCCCCGCUCGAAUGCGCCAAACGACAACUCCCCGGAAUAUCUGGAUAGAAUACGAACGACCAUUGCGGAACGUUUACGUUCGCUGCCGUUUGCGCCCUCGGUUCAGAUGCAAGACGUUCCGCGUCAAAGCAUAGUCGCCACCGAAGAGGAAGACGAAAUCCUCGCUGAUCUUGACGCGGACGAAAACAUGGACACCCGCGUGACCGACCUCCAGCAGAAUAUCCAGAUUGACCGCGAAAACGAAUUUUACGACAGCGAAGCCGAAGACGAGAGGGACCAUCACGUGCCCGCUCCAAAGGCCGACCAAGAUGAUGACGAAGACGAGGAAAUGGGAGAUGCGGAGCACCAAUCCCCGACCGCGGAUGAUGUCAAGGAGCUACCGGCGCAGAUGCAAACGCAACAGAGCGGCACGAACAACGGGCCGGACAGCGGCAGCGUUUUGGUCCGUCCGAGCGAGACUUCGGCUGUGGUGCUGGAGCAUGCGCGGCCGGAAGAGCCUCUGCCUGGCACCAGAAACGCCGUGACGCCACCGAAGAGCCCGGAGCCGGAGAAUGCGGAGGCGGCAUCUACGUCGACGGCGACAGCGGCCGAAAGUACGACUGAAACCGCUGAGCCUGUUGAAGCCACUGAGGAACCUACGGCCGAGGCGGCGGCGACAGCAGCAGCAGCAGCAGCAACAGCAGCCGAGCCGACGGGCGAGAAGAAGGACGAGGCGGCCGACAAGCCGGCGCAACCGAGUGAUCAGGGCGAGACGUCAAGCUCAUGAUAUUACCAUGUUCAGAGUAUUGUAGGCGUUCAAUGCAGGAAAGCGGGUGCAUGAUUGGGUGUUAUGUUGUCUGGCGUUGCGGGAGGAUUGAUUGAUGCACUGGGGCAUAAUACGGAGGCUUACCUAGUGAUUCCAAAUGCAAAGCGACUGAUUGACUGGCCGAAUCGGGCAAGC